AUGCAGCCUCUUUUAUAAUCAGAAGAUCCUUCCACCAACAUAAACAGGGAUCCUCAUGGUUUCGGAUUGUCAUAGGCUACUUUUGUGAACGAUUAAGCCUCUGACAUUCAGAGAAUUUAUGAAGAUUUGUACACCAAAGUCAAAAAUGGAGAUCUCAAGGGAGUCAGGUAUCUCCUUGGAAUUAAUGACAAUGAUUCCUUUAGCCAAAUGCAACCAAUCAAUAUUCAAAAAAUCGCUGAUGAAAAAAAAAAUACCUUGCUCAUGCAUGCUGUUUGGAAAGAUCACACCAACCUUUUUACAGACUUAUUAAAAUAUUCCUUAAAAUCAUUUGGUGAGUCUGAUACCAAAUAAUGGGUCACUCAAUAAAAUGAAUCUGGAAAUCAAUGCAUGCAUCUAGCCACUCAAAAAGGCAAUAUAGCAAUUCUUGAUGCAAUUCUCAAACUAGGAAUCAAAUUGGAUGCCAAAACCAGGCAAGGACAAACAACUCUCCACAUAGCGUCAUAAUCAGAUUAACCUAUUAUGUUAUACUAUUUAGUUAAAAUCGCGCACGUUAAUAUUGAUAUAACAGAUAAUGAUUAUAGCACUGCUUUGCAUUAAGCCAGUUACUAAGGUAGUGAAUAAUGUGCUGCUUUGCUUCUAGCUUGGGGUUGUAAAAUUAACACUAAGAAUAUUUAUGGUUGCACUCCUUUGCAUGUCUCAGCCAUUAGUGGAGAAUACAAAAUCACUAGAAAGUUACUGCUUUAUAAUGCCAAAACAAGAUUAAAAAAUAAGUAGGGGAAGACUGCUUAUGAAUUGUCUGAAUAAAAUGAAUUCUUAACUAUCAGCUAAAUGAUCAUGGAAUACUAGGAAGGGGAUAUCAAAUGCAACAAUCUAUUUGGAUAGAAAAAUAAACCGAGGAUUAAUCAAAAGACUAGAUUAUAAAUGUACGCUUUCAUUUUCAUGUUAAUACUCAAUCUAAUCUACUAAAUUCUUUUCACAUUGGGAAAUAAUGUGUUUGGUUACAUAUAAAUCCUUUUAGACAUAUUUCAAAUCUGUUUAUUUGUCUACAUCAUUAAUUCUGAUCCUGGGUAUCAAGUCCAAUAUAAAAAAGAAGGUCAAAUAUUUUAUUAGAUUCUACAGAAUAAUCCCAAGAAAUUGGAAAUUUGUGCAGAAUGCGAAACACUUAAGGCCAAAAGAAGUCGUCAUUGUGAUUUCUGUAAUAGAUGUAUUAUGGUCUAUGAUCAUCACUGCCCAUGGAUAAAUAAUUGCAUAGGGGCAAAAAACCAUUUUGCAUUCAUGAUGUUUAUCUGGAUCACUUUCUUAACAAUUGGAUUUCAAUUGUUUGUUUCAAUUGUAUUGUUCAUCAAUAUUAUUUGGAAAUAAUCUUAUAUUGGAAUACUCUCCUCAAACUUAGGUUACUGGGAUACAUUUGAUUUUUUAUUUAAGUCUCUAACCGACCUCAGAAAGUACUUGAGCCUUUCCAAAGGCGUUUAGAUUGAGUAUAUAGUCUUGGAAUUAUUAAUAACCUUGAUGUUUUUUGUGUUAUUGAGCCAUUUACUAUGCACAUAGUUUAAGAAUAUGUAUUAUAAUAGAACUACCUUUGAGAGACUUAGCAAAAAAUACAGGGGAUUUAAUAAUUAGUAAUCAAGUUUACUAGAAAGUAGUUACAUUGAAAAUGAAGUUAGCAAUUCAAAUUGCUAAAGGAACUGUUCCCUUUUGCUAUUUCGGAACAAAAAUUCUCAGGAUUACAAUUACGUUUACCAUGAUAAUACAAGCCUUACAACAGCAAUAAUUUCCUGA